ACAAAGUAAACCUAACUAUGAAUUAAAGAUCAUGAUUGAUGGGCAUUUCGAUCCACAAUUCAAAAUCUCACCAAAAAAAAAUUCCGACAUUACAAGCGUUGAAUGAUGGCGCGAAGAAAUCUGACAAUAACAGUUGUGUCAGCCCAAGACCUCCCCGACGUCCGACUUCUAGGGAAGAUGAAAGUCUACGCCAAGGUUUCAAUCGAAGGCGAACCCAAAACCACCAUGAAAUCCCCCGUUGACUAUGAGGGCAAGACGAAUCCGACGUGGAACUUCGUGGUGGAUUACACGGUCCGCGAGUCAACUGUCCGGCGGCAUGGAGUCAACGUGGUGGUGCAGCUGUGGUGCAAGAGAACUCUGGGAGACAGAUUCAUCGGCGACGUCAUGAUUCCUGUGAGGAGUCUGUAUAACACGGGGUUGAGAUCCAGCUACAAGGUGGCCGGGACUCCGGAGGGGACGCUGGAUUUGAUGCACAGUUUUAGUGAGGGAAGGGAAGGGCUGCCGUCUGCCUGGAAGACGGCGCUCGGCUGUUUCAUGCUGGCGGCUGCAGUCGUGCUCCUCUUAGGCGGAGACUCCGACCACGACCAACCCAAGCCUUCACGUUGGCGCCGUUUUCUACUGCACUCGCUCAUUCUUUUUCUGAUUCUUACUACUUUUUGGAUGGGGAUGAAGAAGAAGACUAUCGAGGAAAAUGUAUUGUUCGUUUGUAUUGAUUGUUAUGUUAUCUCCACAGAGACAGCAUUAAUGGAGUGCAGAAAACUCGAAAUCACGCUGGUCUCCGCCCAACAUCUCCCCGAUGUCCGAACCAGCGGUCGGAUGAAAGUGUACGCCAAGGUCUCGCUCAAGGGAGAGUCCAAAACCACCAAGAAGAGCCACGUGGACUACGAGGGCGGCACCAAUCCCAGGUGGAACUUCGUCGCCCAUUACACCGUCAGCGAGUCCACCGUCCGCCGCCCGGGACUCAGCGUCACGGUCAAGCUGGUGUGCAGGAGGACUCUAGGCGACAGGUUCGUCGGAAAAGUGAAGAUUCCGGUGAAGAGCCUGUUUGAUAUGGGCCAGAAAUCGCGCAAGAUUCUGAGCUAUGACGUGGCCGGGGGCGGGAGGCUCAAUUUGCUCUACAGUUUUAGCGACAGGAUGUUUGUCAGGCAGCCGUCAUCGGGCUGGAAGACGGCGUUUGAGACCGUAGGGUUUUUGGUGCUCGUCGGAGGGGCCAUGCUCCUCUUGGAUGGUGAUUCCGAUCGCGACGAAGAUGGUGAUGAUCCGAGACCCUCCGAGGCUUCGGAGGUUGUUCCUGUUGAGGAGGAUGUAUUCUACGACGCUUCUUCAAGGAGCGGCGGUGCAACAGCGUAGCACGUUUCGUGAAUAUGGUCGUAGAGAGGGAGACACCGGCGGUGACUUUGCGUAAACAUCAGUCCAUGUAACAUAGGACUGAGCUUUAAUAUUGCUGCCAUUUCCACUUUCCAGUCUCUGAAGCAAAGGCAGUUUUAAGGUUUAAUUGUUUUAAUUUCUUGAAAAAAUAAAAGGUUUAAUUUCUUUAA